AUGACUGAUUGCAAACCUCUUUCCACUCCAAUACCUGUUUCAAAAUCACUUGUUACCUCUACAGAUUUGUAUGAUGAUCCUACACAGUAUCGGAGUUUGGCUGGAGCUCUUCAAGAGUUGCAUGCAUUCUCGGACUCAGACUGGGCUGGCUGCCCUGAGGAUCGUAAGUCAACCAAUGGUUAUGCUGCUUUUCUUGGGUUAAAUCUUGUAUCUUGGGUAUGCAAGAAGCAAAGAACUGUUGCAAGAUCCUCUACGGAGGUUGCAUACAAGGGUUUAGCUGAUGUUUGUGCUGAGAUAAUCUGGGUUCUCUCCCUCUUACGUGAGAUUGGCGUCACUUUUCUGUUCUAA